AUGAAGAAGUGGUGCAGGAUAGAGGGCUCCUGUGUGGAAGUGAAUUCUGGUGAAUCUGGAAGAUCAGAGAUAAAAGAUGACCUCUCUAAAAAGGUCUUCACUGUGACGGUGAUGGAGCUGAACAUGGAGAACACAGGCUGGUAUUGGUGUGCUGUUGGAGAACUACAGAUCCCUGUUCACCUCACUAUCACUCAGAAAACUACAACCACAGUCACCACACUGUACACAGUGAGUAGAGUAGCUGUACAGAUUGGAAGAUCUGUCACCAUCCCAUGUCUCUAUGAUAGAGAAUAUGACUAUCAUGUGAAAUACUGGUGUCAUGGGUCAUACUGGAAUACUUGUGAAACUGUAGUACGCACUGACUCUCCAACAGUUAAAGGUGAAACAUCAAUCACUGAUGACCCCACCCAUCAUGUGUUCACUGUUGCCAUUAGAAAGCUUCAGAUGAUGGACUCUGGAUAUUACUGGUGUGCUGUAGAGAUCCACCGUGGUCCAGAUAAGGGAGCAUAUCUGUACCUGUCAGUCACUGCAGGGUCUCCUGGACUCUGGGUUGAGCAGCAGGAGGUGGCCGAUGUGGAAGGGGGCCAUGUCAGUGUGUCGUGUCACUAUAAUGAACCGAGCAGCAUGAAGAAGUGGUGCAGGAUAAAGGGCUCCUGUCUGGAAGUGAAUUAUGGUAAAUCUGGUAAAUCUGGAAGAUCAGAGAUGGAAGAUGACCACUCUAAAAAGGUCUUCAAUGUGACGGUGAGGGAGCUGAACAUGGAGGACACAGGCUGGUAUUGGUGUGCUGCUGGAGAACUACAAAUCCCUGUUCACCUCACUGUCACUCAGAAAACUACAACUACCACAGUCACCACACAGGGAGUCCAGCCUCACACAGGAGCAAAAGAGGACCGGAGCAAGGAGCUGACGACUGCAGACUCUGAAGAUGAAGUGACCUACAGCACAGUGUUCACCAACACACAGUCAUCACACAGAAUAAGUCCACCACAGUCACAGGUUGAGUAG